UUUCAGAUUAGUGAUGACGAACCAGGCUAUGACCUUGAUUUAUUCUGUAUACCUAAACAUUACGUUGAGGAUUUGGAAAAGGUAUUUAUACCUCAUGGACUGAUAAUGGACAGGACUGAAAGGCUUGCUCGAGAUGUGAUGAAGGAGAUGGGAGGACAUCACAUCGUAGCCCUCUGUGUGCUCAAGGGAGGCUACAAGUUCUUUGCUGACCUGCUGGAUUACAUUAAGGCACUGAAUAGAAAUAGUGAUAGAUCCAUUCCUAUGACUGUAGAUUUUAUCAGACUGAAGAGCUACUGUAAUGACCAGUCAACAGGAGACAUAAAAGUCAUCGGUGGAGAUGAUCUCUCAGCUUUAACUGGAAAGAAUGUCUUGAUUGUUGAAGAUAUAAUUGACACUGGCAAAACAAUGCAGACCUUGCUUUCCUUGGUGAAGCAACAUAACCCAAAAAUGGUCAAGGUCGCAAGCUUGCUGGUGAAAAGGACCUCUCGAAGUGUUGGAUAUAGGCCAGACUUUGUUGGUUUUGAAAUUCCAGACAAGUUUGUUGUGGGAUAUGCCCUUGAUUAUAAUGAAUACUUCAGGGAUUUGAAUCAUGUUUGUGUCAUUAGUGAAACUGGAAAAGCCAAGUACAAAGCUUAAGACGAGUGUUCAAGUGGAGUCUGGAAACAUGAAGAGUCCCAUUGACGUCAUCAGAUGUUCCUAGUUCCGUGGCCAUCUGCUUAGUAAAGCUUUUUGCAUGAACCUUCUAAGAAUUUUAUCUGUUUUGUAUUUUAGAAAUGUCAGUUGCUGCAUUCUUAAACUUUUUAUUUGCACUAUGAGCCUAUAGGCAGAUUACCAGUUCCCAAUGGGUAGAUUGUUUAACUUGCGGAUGGAAAAGUCUCUUAAACCACACCACUGUUAAAUGAUAAUAUUGAAAUUGUAUCUGUAAGAAGCAUUUAAAAAGAAGAUAUAUUAGUUUUUUAAUUGGUAUUUUAAUUUUUAUAUAUUUGGGGGAAAAUGGAGGUGAUUGACUAUUGUUAAUUGUACCACCGUGCAUUUGGAACAGUCAGAGACAGUCAGUUCUCACCAGUAACAGCAGCCUGUUCAGUAGUAGUGACAAUGUUGGCUCACUUGCUCAGAUUGUUUCUGUGAAUCUUGUCAACAGUUCCUUUCAAAUGCAAAUAAAUAAAGUUCAAAAAAUUA